AUGGCGCCUAAUCUUCGAGCGCCUCGUCCACUGUCGUACACACCUUUGGUAUACAGCAACGUCAGCAUGGCAUGGUGGGGUCCAGGUCGCGCCGCCGUCGGUCGCGGUCGGUCGGCCGGGCUGCUGUCGCGUCAUAGGAUGAGUCUUGUGAGCUGGGGCCACAGUGUGUAUCGCUGUGCGAACACAACUAGGGCUGCGCUAACUUCUCUAUCACUUGUGCGAUCUAUUCACACUCGUCGAGAACCCGUCUCAUUGCAUGACGAUACCCAAGUCUCGGUGCUGGACUUUCCCCCUCAGCCGCGUCCAACGCGCCCCUUGUCGGCCCUGAUGCGCAAGGCCAAGACACUGGUAUUUACAGGACCCAAAGGAGAGAUUGUCGUUCCUCUCCAUCAUUUUGUUAAUAUGGCAUGGGGUGAAGAUGCACAGUCUAAGAAGCGCACGCUCACCUUCUCGAUUGAAGAUGAGAACAUGAAAGUCCAGCGGGGUGUCUGGGGCCUCACGCGCGCACUGUGUGCUAAUGCCAUUAAAGGUGUUCAAGAGGGUCACGAGGUAACGCUUCGCCUCGUUGGCGUUGGUUUCCGCGCAAGUGUCGAGGCAGACCCGUUGCCCCGUAAGCAUCCACUUGAAAUCGAAAUGGAACGUGGGCGUGGUCAUUGGUAUGCUCGGGACCAAAAGCAGACGGAGAUUGAUCGCGCAAAGCGUCUGGUCGAGUCAUCGGGGCCAAACCAGCGCCUCAACCUGCGCCUUGGAUACUCGCAUCCUGUGCUUCUGCCGAUUCCCUAUGGCGUCAAGGCUGAAACGCCUUCUCCAACCGUCAUUAAGCUCACUGGUGCAAACAAGGAACUGCUUGGCCAAUUUGCACAGACCAUUCGUCAGUAUCGAAAGCCGGAGCCGUACAAGGGCAAGGGCAUAUUUAUCGGCGACGAGCAGAUUAAACUAAAGACACCCAAGAAAAAGUAA